GUUUGAAGUGUCAGGUCAACGGCCGUGUUGAUCUAUAAAACUAGUUUAAAUCAUUCAUUUUAAUGUCAAUUGUGAAAAACAUCCAAUAACGAUCAUCAGAAAUAAUUUUAAGUUAAUUUGGUGAAUCAACAAAUUUCGAUUUCGUAUAAUUAUUGAGCGAGAGAGAGAAAAAAAGAAAAAAAUCAAUAUGCGUGAUAAAAUGCAGUUCUAUUGCCAAUUGUUAGUUGUUUCGUUUGUGUUAAAAACAGCUAUAGCGGCAAAUGCAACUGCAUCUACCGGUAGUCCUGAAAUGAAAAAUCCAGUAGUGCUGGAGACAAAAAAUAAGCGACAAGUUAAUCAAUAUCUGCGGACGCCGGGAACCAGUGCAUCGAUUGGAAUAGAUUCUGGACCUCAAGUCUUCCCUCUACAAUUAUCACAUGGUAUUUACAACCAACAACGCGUCCCUCUAUACACACGGCGUCCAACAACAGUAUCAAAACCACAAAUAGUCGAAAAUGAAGAGCUGGAGCCACAGCCACAGCAACAGCAGCAGCAAUCCAUAUUACCGUCUUACUAUAACUACAUUCCCGAUAUCGAAAAUGAUAAUGAAAGCCCCGAUACAGUUCAUAUCGACAGUCGUCAUUUGCCUGUUGAGCCACGCAACAAAGUGCAACCUUACCAAAGCACACCGCCACAGCGAGUUCAAAUUAGCUAUUCUUCUUUAGCACCCAAGCAAAGCACACCGAGCCAAACAUUGAUCAGUGAAGAUAAGUAUUUGGAACUAAUUAGAAAUACAGAUUUAGUGCAAAAUUCCCAAACUAGCACUUCAAAAGCGCCAUUCGGAUAUGUAUCAGCAGCUCCAACUACCACUGCAGACAACACAUAUAACUCCUAUUCAACAAAAACCCCAUUUAGCAACAAUGAAUUCAAAAAGUUUACGUCUCGAACUCAUAUUCCAUCGACACCAUCAUCUCCAGUACCAAAUUUGCAGCCAGAAAAUUCACAGCAUCAGUUUGUACGUCAGCCGCUACACUAUAUUUCCCAGCCAGCUCAUUUCGUUACAACGGCGCCUCAAGAUUUUGGAUCACCCAUCGAUAAGGACACAGUUAGGGUGAACUUGAAAAAGUAUCAUGAAACCGUUGGAAAGACCAAAUACGAUCCAGCUCGUGGACAAUACCAUCAAGAAGUGAUCGUAAAGCCAACAAAGAAAGUAAUCAGUUUCAAACCAUCGUAUCAGUAUACAAGCACAGCUCGAACUCAAAUAUCCAAUCAACAAUCCAUUGCACAAUCACAGCCGCUACACUAUCAAAGCGUUCAACAAAUUACCCAAUCCGAACAAUCGAAAUCAGGACAGCAACAGGCGUCUCAACCCCAGAGCCAAUAUUCCAUUGUUGUUCCACAAUCGCAUAUUCAAGCACAACAAGCCUACUAUCCAUCAGAUGUAAAUCAUCCAUUCCAAACAUAUACGCCACAAAAUGAACGAUUGAUUGCUAAUAAUAAUUUCGAACAGUCUGGUCUGGAACAAACUAAUUUACCCACAGGCCCUCAACAGAGUGAUAGCAAACCAAAUGGACAGCCGGAAUUUCGGAUUCAAUAUGUACAUCAUGUUUCAACGACACCAAAUCCAACACCCACGCCCCGAACCCGGUUUGUUUCCGAUAGCUCACAAAGCCAAUUGAAAUACGAACUUUUUGAUUCAAAUGGUAAUGUGAAUGCUGCAAAUUUGAAGGAAUCGAAGAUCAAAUCGGUACCAGCUCCGCAACAUGUUCAUAGGCCUCAAUAUUCAGACUCCCCCCAGUACUAUAAAAAGAUAAAAGUCCAGCCAGCUGCACAAGUUCAAUAUGUUCCUGUUCGUACACAGUUCCAUCAACCGUCUCAAGCUUCUCCACAAGCACAGUCUGAUCUAUUAAUUCCAAUUCAACCAUCACGAUCAACUCUUUUCGUCUCACAAAACAAUGGGCAAAACGAAUCGGUCCCACGAUUGACACAAUCAAACCCACCUGGUCAUCAGACGCAUUCGGAGCCUCGAAAACCCCCAUUACCCAUAACAAGUCCAAAGAAGCCCAUAUCGCAAGCUGAAUUCCAAGCUCUUAUUGAUGCCGGUUACAAAGUUCAAGCGAUUCCAGUACCUAUCCCUAUUCCUAUCCCUGCUGAUAAAUACAAACAAUUGCAAUAUCAACAGCAGCAGCAAUCGCAGCAACCACAGCAACAACAACAACAACAACGUCAACAACACCACACUCAACCAAUUCAAAAUUCCGUUCCAUAUCACCAUGUCAACCAUCCAGCUCAACACACCAGACAAGCAACCACACACUACAUUCGCUAUCAUCCAAAACAAGAAGCCGAAGAAGGAAUUCUAACCUCAUAUUUGAAGCCUUUGAUUGAUUACAUUGGUGGACCAAGCCAAUAGUCAUCGUCAGUUUAAUUAGUUAUUUGUCUGUUUCUCACUUCUUAUGUUCAUUUAUUGUCAUGGACAUAUAUUUAUUUGAUAUAUUUUUCAAAGUACUUUUUAAAAUUCGUUGCUGAAAAAAUAAUGUAAAUAAAACAAAUAUUAUAAAAAACUUA